UCAAGUAUACUACGGAAUGAAAAUAAGACUACAAGAAGACCUUAUUAUACCAACCUCGAAGAAUCUAUCAGUUCUUUUGUGUCAUAUCAGGAAUUCAAGGACACAUCAAGAUUCGAAAAGAACAGCCACGCCUGAAAAAUAUCUUCCUAAAAGACAACAAUUCAAAAAAAAUACUAAACUUCAAUCACCUAUACAUUUGUCAAGUCUUGCAACUGCAAUUAAUCUUGCAUACCUUAAGAAAGCCGUGAACUUAAGUAGCUUGCCCAGAAGAAGCUAA